AUGGCAGUGGAACGAGCGACGAAGAGACGCCGUUUGAGCCCGCCGGUAGAGGAAGUGCCCGGCUUUGCCAAGGUCGAUUUGGAGCAGGACUACCAGCAACGCCUCCGGAAGAAGCAGCAGAAGUCCAAGGACAAGGACCGACUGCCGGUGAAGAAGGAGGCAGCUUGGGUGGGCGAUGAACGACAUCAAGCCGCGGAUGAGGCGCCCAGCGAGAGCGAGCAGGACGAGGACGAAGAGGAGGCAAAAGACAGCGGUGUAGCAGACGUCCAACCCAAGCGCAAAGUCAAGCCCAGGCCGACGCUGCCUCCCAAAGAAGAGAUCAGGCAGGCAAAGGAGGAGCUGGCGCGCAUAGCUGGACUGGUCAGUGAGAGUCCGGAGGAGCAUGUUGGCCAACUAGGCGCUUUGGCGGAACUCUCAGAAUCCGAGAACAUCACAGUGAAGAAGCUGGCCUUGGGUACGCAGUUGGCCGUCUACAAGGACAUCGUGCCUGGCUACCGCAUCCGGCCGCUCUCCAAGGACGACCUGCAGGCUAAACUAUCCAAGGACGUGCGAAAGCUACGGAACUUCGAACAGGGCUUGCUUGGUGGCUACAAGGACUAUGUGCACAUGCUCGACCGGCUGGCCAAGAACGACAAGGGCUCAACCGACCCAAGUUUGGUGUCUGUUGCCAUAUCCUGCGUGCGUGCUCUGCUGGCCAACGUGGCUCACUUCAACUGCCGGAAUGAGCUCAUUGGUAUCCUGGUACGAAAGCUCUCCGGCCGAACGGUGGACGCAGAUUUUGUCAAGUGUCGGGAAGCGAUGGAGCAGCUAUUCCGUGACGAUGAUGAGGGCCAUGCGUCGCUUGAGGCCGUCAAGCAGCUUACGAUAAUGAUGAAGGAGAAGAACUACCGGACCGAUGAGGCUGUGCUGAACACAUUCCUGCAUCUACGACUGCUGAGUGAGUUCGCGCACAAGGCGUCCACGAACAAGGUGGAUAAGGAUGAGGACGAGGAUGACUCGAAGGGCAAGAAGCAGAAAAGGCCGAAAAAGGAGUUCCGGACAAAGCGAGAGCGCAAGGUCAUGAAGGAGCGGAAGGAGGUCGAGAAGGAGAUGAAGGAGGCGGAUGCUACUGUCAGCUACGAAGAGCGAGACAAGAACCAAGCAGAAACACUGAAGCUGGUUUUCGUGGCUUAUUUUCGCAUCUUGAAAGCACGGAAGCAGCAUCUGAUGGGCGCUGUGCUCGAAGGUUUAGCCAAGUAUGCCCAUCUCAUCAACCAGGACUUCUUCGGCGACAUCCUCGAAGCUCUUAAAGACCUCAUCAAUGACGCCGAAAACAAUGAGACGUCAGUUGAAGACGACGAUACCCCCACGAACAGGAACAUCUCCCGCGAAUCCCUCCUCUGCAUCAUCACCGCCUUUGCUCUCCUCCAGGGCCAGACCGACGUUGUCAAGAGCGCCAACACCCUCCACCUUGAUCUCAACUUCUUCAUCACUCACCUCUACCGCAAUCUCCUGCCGCUUUCUAUGGACUCGGACGUCGAGCUGAGCUCGAAGCCUUCCCAUCUUGAAGAUCCCAACGGCCUCCCUGUCCCCACCACAACAUCCAAGGACACCCGCGUCAAUGUAUCCACCACCACUGUCCUCCUGCUCCGAUCCUUGCAGUCUGCGCUGCUUCCUGCGAACGCCACCACACGGUCUGUUCCCCCAACCCGCGUCGCGGCGUUCGUCAAGCAACUGCAUACUGCUGCUCUACAUCUUCCACAGAAAUCUGCGGUCGCAGUCAUGGGGCUCUUGAAUCAGGUUGCGAAGAUACAUGGCAAGAAAAUCGCAGCCCUGUGGUUUACCGAGGAGCGAAAGGGAGAUGGCGUGUUCGAUGCGUUGGGUCCAGAGGUGGAAGCGAGUAAUCCUUUCGCUGGCACUGUCUGGGAAGGAGAGCUGCUGAAGUUGCAUUUCGACCCGAGAGUGAGGGAAGGGGUGAAAGGGGUCGAGGGACAUAUCGUGGAGGCGAGAUGA